AUGACAAAUUUUGGAAUAGGCUUGUUUGGUCCAGAGAAGAUCUCGCUGCUUUCCAAAGAAUAUCUAUCCCACAUAUGUUUUACUGAGUCGCGCCCGCAAGAACAACUUGUCAUAAACCCUGAAGAUCCAUUUCUCAAACUCAAUGAAAUCCGCAAAGGUACGAAAUGACUAAAAUCUUAUCGCCAUGAAGUGCUAAGCAUUGUGAACAGAUGACCCUCACAAUGGCCUCUCGCGCUCUAAAAUAUUCGAAUGGAGCUUUGAAUUGUGCCGCAUCGCGACACUAACGGACACAAUCAUCACCCAAACCAGAAAGGUGAGAAAUCGGGUCUUGUAUCUCAUAUGCAAGCAAUAUUGCUUUGGAAGUCAGAUAACGAAUUCGCUUCAACAACGAGGCAGCAAGAAACUCAACAGUCAAGAACGUGGUGAAAAACGUCAAGAAUGGGAAAGAUGUAGGCGGAUAUUGAAAUGGGAUGAGACUUUGCUCCUGUGCUGGCAAAUAGAGCUUCAACGAUGGGAGACCAGAAGAACAUAUUUGGGGAGUGCGAUUGAUGAACUGAGUAAGCUGAGCAGGCAUGAAAAGUUUAUGAAGUAUAGCUUGAAUUUUGUUCUGGAGAGUAGUCGUGAGUAUAGAUUAUUUCUUCCCUCUGGUUGUUUUUCAAUAUGAUCCAGACUAAAAAAGGCUAGAUUUUCCGAAACUCAUGGCUCUGUGUACCCUUAUCAGUGCUCUCGAGCCUAGGCGCAAAAGAUUGAUUCAGAAACCACCAAACAAGCCAACAUUCGACAGCCUUCCACACGAAGUACGCUUCUUGAUCUGGAAAUACGCAGCUCCCGGUCCCAGGGUCAUCUUCCAGCAUCCAGAAAACAAUAAAUCAUUGCCUCUUUUGAGUGUCUGCAGAGAGUCUCGAGCCAUAGCCAAGACACAAUAUACACCACUCCAUCUGCCGUCUCCUAAAUUGGCUCAUUCCCCUUCGAAGUACUUCGCGUUCCUCUACGUUGACCUCAACAAGGAUACUGUCGUCAGGGAUCUAAGCGAAAAUAUGAAUCCCAGUCCAGAAACAGCAUUAUUAACAUGGGAACUGCACUCCCUAUUUUACGAAUCAGGAAGCGCAUGCAGAAGUAGUUGCGUAAGGCAUUUCUGGGGUCUUGCACUCGUCAAAUCGCUCACAAUUCCGUUCAAUAUGGAGGAAGACAUGCGGCGGAUCUUUGGAUCAUUGGUGUACUGCUGUCCCAACCUUGAGGUCCUCAAUUUGGUCCCAACAUCGCAGUUGAGACCCCAGAAAAGACAGUAUCCACUUCCGGAAGGUUGUGAAAGGGCAAAGCUCAUACCAGUCGAUCGUCAACUGAUAGACUAUGUUGACUACCGUCUGGUUCGGAUUACCAACAGAAGGAUACGCAGGAACAAGGCAUCACGAGUGGCAGACAAACUGGCUAAAUUAUUCUCCGCAUCGAAGGAGCUGCGAGAUGUUGAGUUACCUAAGUUCAUAAAAGAACGCAUGUGUGGGGUUUACUGGAACCCGACGCUCCAAGUAUGUAUAGUCGCUAUGUGGCGUGCCUGUCCAGGACAGAAGGAAGAAUCCCAUGGUUGGUAUUCUCGGUACCUGUCAGGGGACUACUAUACCAAAGGAUACACGGGCGAUGAUGGAGAAUUCCAUCAUGGGUUUUUGGAAUGCUUGAACUUGAUGGGGGAAGAUGAUUUCUUCUUGGAUCAAUAUAAAGGAAUGGCGUCUAUAUUUGAGUAG